AGCUUGGGAAAAUAGAGAAAAGAAAAGAAGAGAAGGCCCUUGGAUCCUUGAGUCGUAUUCUGUUUAGUCUAGUCAGGUUAUAGUUGCGUGUGUGAAAUUCCGUGUCGAAGUCGUCGCCCCAAUAUCAUAUGCAACUCCCGCAGAUCCAGCCCCCAACAGGAUCUGAUAGGCCAUUACCUUAUUUGUUGCAGCAAACCAGGUUGGACAGCACCUCCUUAACUGGCUUGGUUGUAGCAGCUGUUGGUUCCGGCGAUAUCUUUUGGAUUGGGUACCAACUCUUCGCCAUACAACGGCGACUCUUCUCAUCGCAAUUUACUGGCCAACAUGGAUUUCGGAUCCACUUCGACCGCGGGGAGUUAUUCUCAGUAUACUGAUGCCACCCAAUACACCAACGGGUCUCCAUACACCGGCUCGUCUCCCGAUACUGACUAUACUCGGUAUACCGCCUCUACCAAUGGCUCCUUUUACAACAUGUAUCCCAAUCCGGUAGCUGGAACUGUCAUCCUGCCGUGCGAAUUUGUCGGAAUUGGACCUUGUGAUGUGAACUUCAAUUACGAUGAGACCGAAGCCUGGAUCGAGCACAUAAUUGUGGAACACCUCCGGGACAGACUUCCAGCCAAGGCGAAGUGUUGGUUCUGCGAUACGUAUGAAUUCGACGUCAAAUCAUCUGUGGCCCGAAACGACCGUCGCGUGAACUUCGAUAUGCGGAUGUAUCAUAUCCGCGACCACAUCAUAGACGAAGGCAUGACGGCUAAUAACAUCCGUCCUGAUUUUCACAUGCUCGACCACUUGUAUCACCACAGAUUAAUAACGGAACAGCGCUAUCAUGAAGCAAGGAGAUGGACUGAAGUGCCAUGUCCGCACUCGCAGAUAAGGCAUAUACACCCUCCCGGCUAUGAGCCGCCGGAAAGGCGGCGGCAGCGGGAGAAUGCGAAUAAGGUCAUAAUAAAUCAUGAUAAAGAUGACCGACGCUGGAAAAGAAACAAUGACAAAAAGAAAAAGAAGGAAGAAGGAAGAAGGAAGAAAAGGCUAUAAGCAUAUCGGAAAUACCCAAUACAUACCCACAAAUGGUUCGCGAACCAUCGCCCCCCUCUCUAUGAAUUUUCAGGCGGACAGCCGACAAGGCAACCUUUCCUAUACAUGGAUACACCAUACACCAUACACCAUACAUCAUACAUACAUACAUACCCACUAGGUAUCUUUACCUAACCUCCCUAAUAAGUU